AACGAGAGCAUAGCUGAAUCGGAACUCGGAAGUUGGGCCAAACGGAAGAAUCGAAGAAAAUGGUGCGGAUUCAGGUGAAGGUGAAGCACGAGGAGGAUGAGGAAGACCUGCAGUUCCUCUACCAUUGCCUUAGCACCACAGGGAUCGAAGAGAUUGCCAGAGAUGUAAUCGAAAUCUCCAAUCUUCAAAUCAAGAUCCAGCGCCUUGCCCUAGCUCUCGAAUCACGACUUAUUCAACUUGGUGACGGCAAUGGCAGUCAUUCGAUUGAAGCAGUUCCUUUGAUGAGAGCUUCAACAGAAGCCAAAGCCUAUGCAUCAAAGGAUCAGGUUCUCCAUGGUAGACUUUUAUCACCUCAUAUCUUGACAGACCACAUUCAGACAAUAGAAGAGCAAGUCAUGUUGAACGAAGCAAUGGGUUUCUCUGAUUUAACCCAAUUGCAUCAGCUACUCUCGGGUUCCUCCACAGACUCAGAACUUUUGCAAGAAGAUACCACACAGCUUUUGUGGGCAGGGAAGGAGCUCAUGAAGAAUAAAAGAUUAUGUGAUUAUGUUGGUGACAAUGAGAGAACUAAGAUCAUACUCAGAUUGCAGCCAUCUUGCAUGAGCUCUGCAUGAUGCUUGUAACCAUGAAGGCAGGUGAGCUGAAAGAGCAAAACCA